GGUGUCUUCGGUGUAGCUGACAUUUGUUCUUCUUGUUCACUUCGUCCUGCAGUUUCCCUCCCCCUGGACUUGGAAAUGCUUUACCUGAUCGGCUUGGGCCUGGGAGAUGCCAAGGACAUCACAGUCAAGGGCCUGGAAGUUGUAAGACGCUGCAGGCGAGUGUAUCUGGAAGCCUAUACCUCGAUCCUGACUGUAGGGAAGGAAGUCCUGGAAGAGUUUUAUGGAAGAAAAGUGAUUCUUGCUGAUAGAGAAGAAGUGGAACAAGAAGCAGAUAAUAUUUUAAAGGAUGCUGAUGUCAGUGAUGUCGCAUUCCUUGUGGUUGGUGAUCCAUUUGGUGCUACAACACACAGCGAUCUUAUUCUGAGAGCAACAAAACUGGGAAUCCCUUAUCGAGUUAUUCACAAUGCUUCCAUAAUGAAUGCUGUAGGCUGCUGCGGUUUACAGUUGUAUAAGUUUGGAGAGACAGUUUCUAUUGUUUUUUGGACAGACACGUGGAGACCAGAAAGCUUCUUUGAUAAAGUGAAGAAGAACAGACAAAACGGCAUGCACACGUUAUGCUUACUUGACAUCAAAGUAAAGGAGCAGUCUUUGGAAAAUCUAAUCAAGGGAAGGAAGAUCUAUGAACCUCCUCGGUAUAUGAGUGUAAACCAAGCAGCCCAGCAACUUCUGGAGAUUGUUCAAAAUCAAAGGAUACGAGGAGAAGAACCAGCAGUCACCGAGGAGACACUCUGUGUUGGCCUAGCCAGGGUUGGAGCUGAGGACCAAAAAAUCGCAGCAGGCAGUUUGCAGCAAAUGUGUACUGUGGACUUGGGAGGACCAUUACAUUCUUUGAUUAUCACAGGAGGCAGCAUGCAUCCGCUGGAGAUGGAGAUGCUAAGUCUGUUUUCCAUACCAGAAAAUAGCUCAGAUUCCCAAAGCAUUGAUGGACUCUGAACAUAGACAUUUUCUAUUGUUGGAUGUUAAUUUCAGUCAUAUAUGCAUGUACACAUAUUUGUAUAACAAAUUGAACAGAUCUUUUGGUUUACCUAAUAAUUAUAAAACAAGUCACUAAGAAGAAAGAUGUUGACUCAACAAUGCUUGGUUUCCUGUCACAGUGAGUUCUUUCCCCAUGAUAUCAUCAGUUGUUGCUGCUAUUUUGGCAGUUUUUCAGGAUGUACACACAUGGAGCAGACCAAGCUGGAAACUUGUAAAUAGACAUCCAUAAAGAGAGUCAUUUAAGACCCGUUUUUACUUAUGAAACCAGUCUAUAUACAAGGUGGAACUUUCUUCUUUCUUAACAAGUCAGCUGUCCUGACUGCAAGAUGAGUUGUCCUGACAGCAGUUGGUAUUAGUGCAUAUAAAGAGAGGUGGAAAGAAUAAGUCCUACUUAAAGCUCAGCUGAGUACAUGCCACAAAAUGACAUCCUUCUGAAUUGCCUUGUCUUGUUUAGCUGACAUCCUAAUUAUGUAGUUCAUAUUCUGCUGUAUUUUGGAGGUUAUGUAAUUGUCGAAUUAUAAAUGCUCAGCCAGCCAUGUACAGUUUCUGUUUGGUUUUAAAUAGCAGCUUUCACAUCCAAGCUGACAAAUGGAAAACUUGCUGACUACAAAAUAAAAUUUUUUAAAAUUUAAGUUUGAGGACAA